AUGAGGACAGCUGCUUUGCCACCACCAUGUAUCCUCCCUACUGUUCCCGUUUCUGCCCGUGCUGAUGCUUCCGCCGGAGCCGCGCCGAAGCCGGGAGAGCGCGAAUCACUAGUGCUAGAGUGGCCCGAAGCAGAUGUGCAGAAGUGGCUUGAGGAGAGUGGAUGCAGCGUAGAUUCUCUAGCGCGAGUGGCUUGGGCUCUAGUGCUUCGAAGCUAUACCUCUCUGGAUCACAUCUGCUUCGAGCUUGCCGCGAGGACAACGAGGGAGUUCGAGUUGUACGAUUGUCACAUCACUGGGGCAAGUAGCCCUGAAGACCUACUGUAUGCGAAUGAGCAAGGCAAGGAAGAGGAGUGCUCCUGCCAGAGCUCGGGUUCUCUGUGCAGGGAUGGUGAAGAGGACGCACAUGGUACUGGCCUGUUCGUGAAGAUCAGUUCCAGCCACGACCGCUUGAUGUUCCGAACAAGGAUUGACUUUGACCUUAUGAGCUGGUCCUGUCAGCAGGUCAAGGCAGUGGCUCAAACCUUCCACCACGCAAUAUCCGCUGUCAUUCAAGACCCCCAGCAACAAGUUAGAAACCUGGACCUGUGCAGCGAGGAAGAUAUUGAACGCAUGGCCCGGUGGAAUAUGCCUUUCAGGAGGACCGCCAAGGACCAAUGCGUGACGGAGAUCAUUCUGCGUUCGUGUCGCGAACGGCCCGACUCCACCGCAAUCUCGGCCUGGGACGGGGAAAUCACAUACGGCGAGCUGGAACGACUGACCGCUAGGCUUGCAACAAGGCUGUUAAAGAUUGGCGUUGGCCCUGAGGUGACUGUUCCUAUUCUCAUGGAAAAGUCCAAAUGGUUGGUGGUCGCGGCCUUGGGCGUGAUCCGAGCGGGUGGCUCCUUCCUCACAGUGGAUAUUUCGCAUCCAUUUGAGCGCAUUGAGAAGAUAGUCCGGACAGUUUCAGCGCCACUGGUAGCGUGCUCGCGCGGGUGCGAGUCGCUAGCUUAUCGCUUGACUGGGACGAUCAUCAUUAUUGAAGAUGCUGCAGCAUCUCUCGACCAGGAUAUCGAUAAUGAAGCUCUACAGCAACAACAAGAUCGAUCAUCCCCGUCAGAUGCUCUGUAUGUGGUCUUCACUUCGGGAAGUACAUCAGAGCCCAAGGGUCUUAUACUUGAGCAUGGGGCAUUUUCUGCCUCGGCUCUGGCAACGAUCGGCCCGUUGAGGUUGGGGCCGGAGACCCGCCGUGUACAAUUCGCAGCGAAUGGUUUUACCCUGUGUAACCGCGAAAUUCUGCUCAUGCUCAUGGUGGGAGGCUGUCUCUGCAUUCCAUCCGAGAACGAUAUACGUACGGAUCUGGCAGGGUUCAUCAACCGCCACCGGGGUAACUAUGCAUUUUUGACGCCAGUUGUCCUAAACAGUCUGAAGCCCACAGAUGUCCCAACUCUUCGUGUCCUCUUGCUAGGGGGGACAACGAUUGGUAUGUCCCAAAUGAAGGAGUGGACAGAGCAUCUUCGUGUGAUGUAUGGGUAUGGGGCGACUGAAACGGCUGGGGUUGCCGUUCUGGCCCCAGAAUUUGAGCCAGGAUGGGAUGAACGCAGCAUUGGGUAUGCCUGCGACCACUGCCUCUGGGUCGCAGACGUGGAUGACCCGCACCGUCUAGUGCCCGUGGGCGCCGUUGGAGAGCUAGUGCUUCAGGGCAAGGGCAUUGCAAGGGGAUACUUGGGCGACGAUGAGAAAAGUCGUCGCGUGUUCUUGGAGUCAGCCGACUGGCAGUCUCGGCUCACUCCCUACGGAUAUGGCAGCUUUCGAGAGCGGCUUUACCGCACGGGAGAUCUGGUACGGUACAAUCUGGACGGGUCUAUCCAGUACAUUUCAAGGAAAGAUAGCGUGGUCAAAGUGGACGGCCGAAGGGUAGACCCCGGGGAAGUUGAGCAUCAUCUUGCAAAGUGCCCGGAGCUCGUGAGUCGCGGGGUGCGAAAUGUUGCCGUUGUUGCAGUAGGUUCACUGAACAGUUGCAACAAGACUGCGCGGGUGCAGCUCGCUGCAGUCAUUGAAACUGACCUAAACUCGGCGCAAGAUUCAAAGGCAUCGGAUUCAGGGGGUUUAGACAUGGUUCGAUGCGAUUUGAACUGUGAAUUGGCAGCAAUCGCCAAGGAGUAUUUGCUGACUCGGGUCCCUGAAUAUAUGAUACCACCUCAUUUUCUUCUUAUCCAGGACAUGCCCCUGAAUAGAUCAGGGAAGUUCGAUCGGGUCCGCUUGAAGACCGUGGUAUCUGAGAUGCUGACACUAUCUAACGAGGAAUAUUAUGAGCAAGAAAAGCCUCGUCCGACCCCGGCGGCUAUUUCAAUCCGGUCAGGCUUGGACGAAGCGACAGUAGGGCCGCAAGUUCCUAUAAUUGACAAUGCACCGGAUAACAUACCGGCUCGAUUAAGGCUAUUGCAUAAAUUGAUUGCUCAGCUGCUUAAGCUUCCAGAAGACACGGUCCGAGCCGACAGCAACUUCUUCGAAAUCGGGGGGGAUUCCAUGACAUCAUUUCAGCUGGCGUCGCUCGCUGGACGUGAAGGUAUUCACUUGACAGAAGAGACGAUCCUGAACUGCCCAGUAUUGUCGGACAUGGCGAAGGCAUCGGCACCAAAACCUUCACAUAACGGGCACCAGGCAGUGCGGACGAGCCAAGGCAAGGAGAAAGUCGCCGAUGAUCAGAAAGAAAGCUUGCGUCGACUACUCCCGGCGGAAUCAUUAUCUUUGGUGCUCGAAUUCCUGCCACUUACCGACUUCCAACAGACGAGUUUGACAAUGAUGAACUACCGCUACUAUCGGUUCGGAUUGCCGUUAAAUUUUGAUCGCAGCCGGCUGCUUCGUGCUUGCCAGAAGCUCAUUUCUCGACAUACGAUUCUGCGAACGGCCUUUGUCUGUAAUAAGGGUGAAUAUGCUCAGGUGGUCUUGAAAGAGUGGACAGUGUCUAUUCGUGACGUUGAAAUAGAUGAUCUUGACCAGUUCUGUUCGGACGACAACGCCGUCGCAGAGAGCCCAACUAGUGGUAGACCGCCGUUUUCCACACACUUGGUGGCUACCAAAUCAUCUGGUAAAGUGUUCCUUGUCUUCCGGCUCGCCCAUGCGCUGUACGAUGGCCUUUCCGCUUCUAUCCUCGUCGGCGACUUCGCCGCUCUUUACAACGAGAAGACAUUGCCUCCAACAAGCCCAUUUUCGGCUCACCUCCAAGCACUGCAUGCAUUACAGACGGAGGUCGCAUAUAAUACUUGGCGAAAGGUCCUGCAGGGAUCACACAUGACUUCACUGCGCAAGCACAGGCUUCCCAUCUCCCGGUCGGAGGACAGUACUUCACGGCCGGCGUAUGUGGUUAAUGUUGCAAAGACAAUCCCUGCCGUUUCCUUGCCAGUCAACAUCACCUUAUCCAGCUUGCUCAAGGCAGCAUGGGCUGUCACGCUUCUUCGGUGCUUUGCUUCGCAGUCUGAGACUUCCGCAUCCGUCGUCUUCGGACAAGUGGUGCACGGACGCAAUGCCAAUGUGGCGCAUGCGGAUCGCAUCUUGGGCCCCUGUAUCAGCAUCGUUCCCGUCUCUGUCUCGUUAGAGCCAACGACUCUCAAGCUGGCGGUCCUUCGCACAAUCCAGGAGCAGCACCUUCUGACUUUACCUUAUUCCGCGCUGGGACAUCGAGACAUUGUGAAGAACUGCACCGCCUGGCCCGAAGCGUCUCCGCUAACCAGCUUCGUGCGAGUCCGCAAUUAUGAAUUUCCCACUGAGUGUUGGCUUGAUGGAGUUCGGUGCCACGCCAGCCACUACCCAUUGCCCAACAAUCCAUCCCAGAGUGCCAAUGUGCACAUUGUUCCCGAGGCGAAUCGGCUGCAUGUGGAGAUUGCAGUCUCGAGUCAUAUUCUUAGUGAGCGGCAGGUAGAGUACCUGGUUGAGGAGUAUUGCCGGAUGAUCCACAGUUUUGACAAUAACGUCAUUGAACGCGAGCCGCAUAUCCUUGCACCGGAUCCCUUGCGGGUGUAAACAGAAGCACCGAAGAAUUGCAUGCAGUGUCCUUAAAACUCAUCAUCAUGAACCACUUGAUCAGCUAAGCAGUCAUUUUCGACGGUUCGCUGAUAGAAUUAUUUAAAAUCGACCUAA